AUGUUUGAAAAGAAUCUACAGGAUCUAGUUAAAGGUAUACGUUCUGUCAAAGGUGAUCCAACUCUUUACAUUUCUCAAGCACUGCAAGACAUUAAAACUGAAUUACGUACCACGGAUUCGUUUCUAAAAGCUCAAGCUCUUCGUAAACUCACGUAUUUACAUAUGUUGGGCUAUGAUAUGUCGUGGGCUGCUUUCCAUGUCGUCGAAGUCAUGAGUGAUGAACGAUUUACCCAUAAACGUAUUGGAUAUCAUGCAGCCUGUCAAAGUUUUACGCAAUCGACGGAAGUAGUUUUAUUAUGUACGAAUCUCUUGAAAAAAGCAUUGGCUAGUGGGAAUGAAUAUGACAUUGGAUUAGCACUGAACGUCGUGGCAAAUAUUGUCACAAGUGACUUGGCACGUGAUUUACUCGGUGAUGUUUUGAUCCUCAUGAUGAAUGCUUCGCAAUCAUACGUUCGGAAGAAAGCGACCUUGGUCUUAUACAAACUUUUUUUACGUUAUCCACAAGGAUUACGUCUCUCGUUUGAUCAAUUAAAAGAACGGAUGGAAGAAAGUGAUAUUACAGUCGUCUCGUGUGCAGUGAAUGUCAUUUGUGAACUUGCAAAUAAAAAACCAAGGAAUUAUUUAGCCUUAGCACCUCAAUUCUUUCGUCUCUUGACGACGUCGUCGAAUAACUGGAUGCUCAUUAAAGUUGUCAAGUUACUGGCGAGUUUAGUACCAGAAGAACCACGUUUGGCACGGAAAUUACUCGAUCCACUUGCUACUGUGAUUCAAAAUACACCAGCCAAGUCCUUACUCUAUGAAUGUAUUAGUACUGUCACGACAGCAUUAAUGUAUACGAAAAAAAACGAUGGAUCACAACCACGAAAUGUUGCAGCAGUUGUUCGACUCUGUAAUGAUCACUUGCGUCGCUAUAUUGAAGACCCGGAUCAGAAUUUACGCUAUCUAGGACUUGUUGGUCUUGGCAAUCUAAUGAAAUCACAUCCGUAUGUUGUUAUUGAACAUCAGGAACUUAUUGUAGAAUGUCUUGCCGUGGACGAUAUGACGAUUCGUAUGCGUGCAUUGGAAUUGUUGUCUGCCAUGGUCACGUCGGAAAACGCAGUACCGAUUAUCCGUGAACUCAUGCGCCAGACGCUGAGUGCUGAUGGUGCUUACCGUCAUGAACUCAUUACUCGCAUCUUGCAUGUUUGCUCAGUCAACAAGUAUGCCAAUAUUCAUGAUUUUGACUGGUAUAUUCACGUGUUGGUACAGCUUGCUCGCGUACCAGGAAAUACUGCCGCAAUGGUAAAUGCAUCCCUUUCGUCACUCUCUUCGUCCCCAGGCACCAUGCUUGGUAUUAGUAGUAGUAAUAUGAAGUCGGCGGAUAAUGAGCUAACGAAGCGCUCACAUGGUGUAGAAGUAGCGCGGCAGCUUGUGGACAUUGCAGUUCGUGUGAAGAGUGUGCGUAGCGUCAUGGUGGACGACAUGAUCCAGUUGUUGAUGGAAAAAGAAGCGCUUAGUGGCCCGGGGGCAAGCACGUUGCAGGAAGUGUACUUUGCAGCGGCUUGGAUCACGGGUGAGUAUGUGAUGGAGUUUUUAGAUGAUGUGGAUGACGAUGACGAAGAGGAGAAGGACGAGGACGACGAUGAAGAAACCGAGACAGAAGAGGAAAAACUUCAGCGACUGGAAGACCUUGUUAUCAAGAUGCUUCAACCUCGAGCGAAUACGUUACCUGCCCACGUUCAGACUGCCUUCAUUCAAGCACUUUUGAAGAUCCUUACUGCUAUAGAUGAACGUGCAGAUGAUGCCACACUGGAGCGUACGGCAACAGUUAUUAUGGAACGCCUGCCAACUUUUAUCCAGAGCGAAUACAUUGAAGUGCAAGAGCGUGCAGUGUGUCUGCAGCAGCUCUUACUUGCGUUGAAUAUGGGACUUGGUGCACUCAGUGCGCGAGAACGGACCGAACGUGCGUUUGAUGGCAGCGCCUCUAUUGAUCCAGCUAAGACGCUUGAUGUGCUGAACUCGUUUUUUGCUGAACGAUUGGCCCCUGUUGGCGUCAAGGCACAGCGAAAGGUGCCACUGCCUGGUGAUCUGGAUCUUGACGAGCCUAUCAGUAUUGAAGAGGCAAAGUUUCUUGAAUCUGGUGGCGACGUAUCGGCAUUUUCGAAUGAAGACGAUCUUGAGGUCUCCUUUGUUAGUCAGGUUCACGCUGGCAUUGGUGGAGGUUACAGUGGUAUUGGCGACGAAUCUUCUGAACAAAAGCCUGGGCACAAGCACAAGCGUCACCGUCGUAAACACAAGCACCACGACUCCUUUUCUUCUGACUCAGAGUCAAAAUCUGGACACUCCGAUGAUGAGAGAAAAGAAAAGGAACGUGAAAAUGUGCGUGAGCAAGAGCGACUUUGCAAAGAUCCGUUUUACCUCUCUGGCGGUUCUCAAGCACCCGCUGACGCCGAAGCCAACGCGAGCUUUGCGGAUAUGAUGGGCGCUAUGGGUUCUGGUACGAACGGAAAGAAGAAGAAGGCAUCAAAGAAGUCAAAGUCUCGCGAUAUCCUUGAGGUCGAGUUGAUGCCUGACGGUGCUCGUUCUAGUGAUGAGGAUCACCGACGCUCUCGAAAGAAGCGCGUUCCUACGGGAGAUGAAAUGGAUUUAGCCGCGGUAGAUUUGAGCACCCCUCUAGGCGAAAACGAAAAGGUUCCAACUGACCAGUGGUUCCAUCGUCAGACACCGUCUGCCAAGCCUGCUGAAAAGAAAUCUACAAAGAAGAGCUCAAAGCAUAGAAAGAAUCUCCGUCGCGAGGAUGACGGUAAGAAGAAAAAGGAGUCGGCAUCAAAAAGCUCUAGAUCGAAGAAGUGUUCACGGAAACAAGAGAGUUUACUGAUUGAAGGCUUUAGCGACGAGGAACAGGAACUAGUGAAGGCUGAGAAGAGCCGUGGCCAUCACCGGAGCUCGUCUAUAAAGACAAGUAGUAGCCACAAGAAGAGCAGUUCCAGUAAGAAUAGCGGUGAUGGUGAAGAGAACAAGAAGAAGAAGAGAAAGGACAAGCACAAAAGCUCGAAACAUCAGGAUGCACCGCCAGCAGCACCGCUUUUACUCUUUUAG